AUGUCGCAGAGCGUCGACUUGGGAUGGUAUCCUCCGAACAAUACCUCUAUCAACAACUUGACGGCGGUGUUGAACGAUGCCAAUGGAGUCUACGGCUUCAUCUUCGACACGUCCGAUACGUCGAUCGAGCAGUAUGGGACGUAUAACUGGUGCAACAUGCCUCAUGUGCGCAAGACCGAGUACGUCAAGCCAUCCGCCGAGUACGAGCUCCGGUACGUCGAGGUGAUCCAAAGACACCACAAGCGAACCCCAUAUGCCAGCAAUGCUUUCCCCGUAGAGCCGUACCACUGGAACUGCGAUGACCAGGGUCUGUAUUACUACGGUGAACCCCUUUCCAGCGACAAGCAGGCUGCCGAAGCCUAUUGGCAGGGCUACAUAUCGUCGGUUAACCCCUUUUCGCCGUCGGGCUGGAUCGGCACCUGCCAAUUUCCGCAGAUCACUGCCGGUGGGCUUGACGACUCCUGGGUUCACGGGCAAGAUCUGUAUGGCGUCUACCACGAUCUUCUUGGCUUCCUGCCCGCCAGAGACGAAGAUUGGCGCAGCAAGGUGACCUACCGUGUUACUCAGAAUGUCAUCACGAGCCAGGUUGCCGGCAUGCUGAUCAACGGAAUGUGGUUGACAACCGACCCGGUGCCCCUGACGAUCCAGGGUGUAGGGGUCGAUAGCCUGGAGCCGCAGUACAGCUGCAGCGUCGGCAACGACCUGUUCAACAACAUCAAGUCGUCCUCGAACGUCGCGUGGCAGAACCACCUGGACGCCGCCACGGACCUGUUCGGCACCCUCGACGACAUUUCCGGAGUGCCUUCGACCGACUCUGGAUUCCACGCCAGCUUUGAUCACUACUACGACAACCUCUCGGCUCGACAAUGCCACGCCAAACCUCUGCCGUGCAAGUUGGUGGACGGGGUCAAGUCGAUCACUUGCGUGGAUCAGACCCUGGCCGACGCGGUCUAUCGUAUGGGCCAGUGGGAGUAUUCGCAGAUCUACCGCGAUGCUCGAUCUUCCCUCGCCGCGUCGGCCACUUCAUAUGGAGUGUGGAUUGCCGAACUGAGCGCCCAUCUGCGUGAUGCAAUGGCCGGUGAACCAGGUCCAAUCUACUUUCAUAACGUGGCCCACGACGGAUCCGUCAGCCGACUGCUGAGCGUUCUCCAGGCUGAUGUCAUGGUGUGGCCUGGGAUGGGCAGUGAAGUUGUGUUCGAGCUCUAUAGACGGUCCAACAUGGCGACGCCAACAUCGACGUCCAACAGUGAGGUGUCGACGCCCACGUCGUCCAGUGAAAGUGGCUAUUAUGUACGCGUUCUGUUUGGUGGCCAGAAACUCAGAUCAUCAAACCCUAGUCUCGGUCUGAUUGACAUGCUGUCGGUCGAGACGCUGCUGGCAUAUUUUGACGGCUUGGCUGGUAUAAAUGCCAGCUUAGUGGUUGGUAAAUGUAACGGUACAAUCCCAACGUAG